CCCUCACCUCCCUGCCCCUCACCAGCCGCUUCUUGUCAAGUGAUCAGGCUGUCACUAGCAUCUGCAGGAUAAGGUUUCAGGUCAGUCAGAGUGUAUAAAGAUAGGUGCCAAGCCGGAGGCAGCAGAGACAGCCGUGAAUGGCCAGGGAGCAAUCAAAGUCCUGUUGCCACCUCCUGAGAUGGAGCCCUAAGGAGGUCCUGCGCUUCCCCUACCCCUGCUGGACUCAGAGAGAGUGGAAGGAAGGAGGAGAAGGGGGGGAAAGAGAGAGAGAAGCAUCAGUGUGAGAGACACAUCAACUGGUGCCUCUCUCACGCGCCCCAACCAGAGGCAGGGAGCGAACCUGAAAACAAGCCUCCUCCCUGCACGAAAGCCCAGGGCUACAGAGCCGCCUCUCUCCUCAGACCUGAACUGGGCCCUCAAGGGACUGGGAGAAACGUCUGGGACCAUGGUUGGACUAAAGCCUUCAGAGAUGCCUCCGACAACAGCUGUGAAGUUCCUGGGGGCGGGCAUGGCGGCCUGUUUUGCUGACCUCCUCACCUUUCCACUGGACACAGCCAAGGUCCGCCUGCAGGUAGGUGCCCUUGGCCUAGGGUCAUUUUUCGCAUCAAAGGAAGGGCUGAGGUCUCUUCCACAGCACCUGUACCGGCUCCCAACAAGCUCUUCCUCACACACAACCCUGAGCAGGCCACUCACUCCACUGCUGCCCACCCUGCCUUGCUGCCUCCCCAUCGCCAUCGCCCAAGACAAAAAAAUCUUAAUUCCUUGGCAUGCCGUGACAGGACCCUUCAUGGCCCAGCCCUAUUUUGUAAACCGUAAAGAGUGAAGUAAAAGUAAGGAAUGACCUUGAGCAAGCCACUGACCACUUUGGUGGGAAAAACAAUCUGCCCUCCCUUUGCUCUGAGAAUCAAAUGCCACACUGUGAGCUGUAAACUGCGGCACAAACCUCAGUCACUCUUCCUGGGAUGUGACAGCUUAGGCAUGCUUGUUCUCCAAGUCCAGCCCCAGGCAGGUGCCUCUGAACACAGCCCCGUCCGGCCCCUUCCCUCCCCCACCAAGCUCCUCAUACCUCUGCGGGGUGUCCCCCAGAUCCAGGGGGAGAGCCAGGCAUCCCAGGCGGCCCGGAGCGUCCAGUACCGCGGCGUGCUGGGCACCAUCCUGACCAUGGUGCGCACCGAAGGUCUCCGCAGCCCCUACAGCGGGCUGGUCGCCGGCCUGCAGCGCCAGAUGAGCUUCGCCUCCAUCCGCAUCGGCCUCUAUGACUCUGUCAAGCAGCUGUACACCCCCACAGGAUCAGACCACGCCAGCAUAGCCACCCGGAUUUUGGCGGGCUGCACCACAGGGGCCAUGGCGGUAACCUGUGCCCAGCCCACGGAUGUGGUGAAGGUCCGAUUUCAGGCCAACAAGCACUUUGGGCCUGGCGGCAACAAGAAGUACAGUGGGACAAUGGAUGCCUACAGGACCAUCGCGAGGGAGGAGGGGCUCAGGGGCCUGUGGAAAGGAACUUUCCCCAACAUCACGAGGAAUGCCAUCGUCAACUGUGCUGAGAUGGUGACCUAUGACGUCAUCAAGGAGAAGCUGCUGGACUAUCACCUGUUCACCGACAACUUCCCCUGCCACUUUGUGUCUGCCUUUGGAGCCGGUUUCUGUGCCACAGUGGUGGCCUCCCCAGUGGACGUGGUGAAGACCCGGUAUAUGAACUCGCUCCCAGGCCAGUACCGCAGCCCCCUGGACUGUAUGCUGAAGAUGGUGGCCCGGGAGGGUCCCUCAGCCUUCUACAAGGGAUUUACACCCUCCUUUUUGCGACUGGGAAUCUGGAACGUGGUGAUGUUUGUCACCUAUGAGCAGCUGAAACGGGCCCUGAUGAACAUCCAGAUGCUACGGGAAUCUCCGUUCUGAAUAGGUCAGGCCACAUGGAUGCAACUGGAACAAAAUCAGUUAAGAAUGGAAUAAAGCAGUGGGUCCAC